AUGUACUCUGUUGAGGACGUGUAUACACACUGGUAUUUGAACGAUGUACUCUCGUUUAUUUGGCUCGUGAAGAUGACGUCGAAACACCAUCUAUAUAAUGGCCUUCACGCGGAAUGUAGACAGAAAAGGGAGAAAGACCACACAAUAACUAUGGCAGGACCCAGGCCAGUGGUGCUGAGUGGCCCGUCGGGGGCUGGGAAGAGCACGCUGCUCAAGAAGCUGCUCAAGGAGUACGAGGGCAUCUUUGGCUUCAGCGUCUCACACACAACAAGGAGCCCUCGUCCUGGUGAAGAGAAUGGUAAAGAUUACCAUUAUGUUACAAGGGAGUAUAUGCAGGCCAGCAUCGACAAAGGGGAGUUCAUUGAGAGCGCAGUGUUUUCUGGGAACAUGUACGGGACAAGCAGGGCCUCCGUGCAGGACGUCAAGGACAAGAACCUGAUCUGCGUCCUGGACAUCGACAUGCAGGGCGUUAGGGCGGUCAAGACGACAGACCUCAACCCCAUCUACAUCUUCAUCCAACCCCCGUCCAUGAGCAUCCUGGAGAAACGUUUAAGAGACCGAGAGACAGAGUCAGAGGACAGCCUCCAGAAACGAUUGCAUGCUGCCCAGGUGGACAUGGUGAUAAGCAAAGAUCCUGGCAUAUUUGACGUUGUCAUUGUCAAUGACAGUCUUGACGAUGCCUAUGGGAAGUUGAAAGACACUCUUAUUGAGGUCAGUUGGUAUCGACAUGACAUAGCUAGGAAAUCAAAAAAGUCCAGAAAACCAACUUGUCCUCUUAAGCGACGAGAAGCAUGACAUCCAUCCCAGCCAUCCUGGCCACUCCUUACAAAAUGUCAGCCCCUCUAUUCCAAUCCUGAACUUUUUGUCAGAUACUGGUGUGGGAAGGAACUCCAGACAACAUCCCUUGCACCUAGACUUUUGAGUGUGCACUAAGAUCUAGCCUAUGUUUUUACAUAUUGGGAGGAUAUAGGUAGGUAUUAAGAUGAUAAAAACUGUAAGUAGAAGUGGACUAUUUAGCUUUAUUUACUCAUUUGGCACAGUUUUAUUUAUUUUUGUCCACAAAGAAAAACACUCCAUUAAUGGUUAACCUGUGACUGAGAUGGUCCCUAAUAUGUUUUUCUUCUAUGUUUACUGCAUACAGGAGUUUCUGCCAUUUUUUUCUUCUCUUCUGCCCAUUUAGUAGUAUUAUACCCCCAAAGCAUUAACUAUGUUCUCUCUGCUCUUCAACAACAAAGGCCAUAAUAACAAGACUCAUUCCCACUAAUGGCAGUGUUGUAGUACUUCGAGACCACAUUGAGUGUCUCGGUCUUGUCUCAGUCUGGGACCAGCCGAGAUCAGCAGAGUAAAAAAACUCCUAAUUACCAGCUUCCAUUCAGUCAGAGCAUACAACUGCUUCUCCAGGCCAAAUAUAUACACUCCUUUCUUGAAACAUAAAUACCUUAACAGCUUUUAUAUCUAGUAAACAUGUUUUCUCAGUGGUGAACCUAUAGACCUUCAGUGUGUUGCAGGUUAGUACAGUGGUGAACCUAUAGGUCUUCAGUGUGUGACAGGUUAGUACAGUGGUGAACCUAUAGGCUUUCGGUGUGUCACAUGUUUGUGAUUCUGAAAGGACAGCAACCAUAAUACCAGCACACUCAUUAAUGAGAGUGCACUUUUUGUAAAACACAAUAUGUAGCAAGCUAAAAAACCUGAGCCUAACGUUAGCUAGAUAGCUACACUAACUAGCUGUUGACUGACUGACUUUUCCCCCUCAUCGUUUUUUGGUGGCUAUACACAGCUAGAGAUGCAGGUAUCAUUUGGUUAGCUAGCAAGAACUUGAACAACCGUGUUCAAAAAUUCAUUCUGGCAAAUGGCUCAUUUGUUUAAAGGCCUACUGUGGCUCUGAUUGGCUAUAGCGCACCGGUCUGUGUAGACUCCGAUCCUGGACAAGACAGAUGUUUUUAUUCUGUUUAAUUUAUGGUUUUAUUUACUGCAGUGUCUUAAUUGUCUAAACACACGGCUGCUUUCCCACUCUAUAUUGCUAUGGAAUUUUCACAAAUGCCUUAGUAUACGUAAUUCCCCAAAAAACGUGAAAAUGACCAUAGUGGUUGCUUGUCAGAUUUUUUGGGGGGUGUGUAUAUGAACACAUUUUUAAUAAGAUUUCAUGUUCCUAAAAUGCUAUCAGUUCCACACUCGCAUUUUUCUGGUCUUGACUUGUCCCCCUCCCGGUCUUGACUCAGUCCUCAACAUAGGGCAGCUAACAAACAAUCACAAGGCCAGGUGCUUGGGCACUAGCUAAGCACAGGCUAACUCUGGCUCUAAGAUAGUCACACGGAAGCACCAUACGUAUUACAGCUGAUCUCAGGAACUUACUGUAGCCUCGCUGCUGUUUGCUAAUGAUCCUAGUCAUCUUGUGUGUGAAAAGAUAUGUUUGAAGUUUCCCUGUUUUACCAUACUGAUACAAUUAUGAUAAAGUACAAUAUUCAUUCACUCAUAAAACAAAGGAUUGCCAUUUAGGAUUUACAAUCAUGAUGUUAACCUCUGUAUAACAAAGUUACACUUCUGGAGCCCACAACUCACGGUGAUGUAGUCUAACCCCUAAUACAUGUUGUUGUUUUGACAGUUGUAUUGUAAUGGUGUAAAACAUUUGUAUUGUAUGUUUAUUAUUUUACAAUCUCACCUAUAUUAUAAUGAUAUUCAGUUGGCCUUUUUUUGGAAAGGAAAUGUUUGUGAGAAUUAAAGAGAUUGAAUAUGAAAUAAAUGGAGCAACUAUUGGCUCUGUCCUCAGGAGAAUAUAGAAAAGCUUAGAACCAAGCACACAGAGCAUUUGCUUUACUUGAAACUGGUUACAUUGAAUUCCACAAAACCUCUUUGUUCAAGGCAGCCUUCUAAAAAGGCUGCACUUAUUUAGUUUAAGUUUGUCGUUUAACAUGUUUUCCAUUCAGAACCCAAAUUCAGUUCAUUGGUAACUAAUAUGACAUACUCUGGCCCAUGACUCUUAAACUCCAUAGCUUCUUGUCCUCUGUAUUUGAUCUCCCUUUGAACAAAACAUUCCUUCCUUUGCACAAAUUACUUAUUGAAAUAUAUUUAUUUAACUUUUUCACUCUGAACAGCUUUUUAAUGGUGCAAAUGUUAUACCACUGCUUUGAAUGUGUCAUCUUUGGCCAAAUAUUGACAAUUUACCCAGCCUUCAUCGAGUCCUUGUUUAAUAAUAUGUAUUUCUAGUAACAUUUGAUGUAUUUUACAAGUGUAGUCAAGUAAAUUAAUAAAAAUGUUUUGCCUGGA